UUUGUUUAUUGUGCUAUUUUUUGCUAGUGGUUUAAGAAGUUGUUGACAUAUUGUAUUAUAUCUUUUAUAGCGCAAGUUUUAGUAAUUUAGAUUUAAAAAAAUGGAAUCUAAAAGACAACGCAGUAGAACUUCUUCUGGCAUUAGGUGGCACACAGAGGAUCUGGAGUUAUUGCUAGAAGAAGUAAUUAACAGAAUAAUAAAGGAUCCAAAUUCUUUUGAGACGCCAACAUCAAUUAAAUUCUACACAAGCAUAAUAGAAAACAAUGUUGGUUUAAGGAAAUAUAGUUGGGUGUCCAUGCGGGAUAAAAUGAAAAAUGUAAAAGCAAAAUAUAAACAAGCCAUAGAAUGGCGCGAGCAAAAUGGGCAAGAAGAAGAAUUUGAUAGCACAAUCACGGACUCGAUUAAUAAAAUUUGCCCAUAUUUUGAACAAUUAGAUGCCAUAUUUGGGGAUAGAAAACCGGUAAACAUUACUCGUUCCCCAAUAAAAAUUCAACAAAAGAAUCAAAAACCAAAAAUAAACACGGAGCUCACUUAUUUACAACAGUUGGAAACAGAUCGUCUAUUAUAUAAAAAAGCAAAGCUAGACAUUGAAGAAAAAAGAUUAGAGUUUGAAAAAGAAAAAUUUGAGAGAACUUUUGCUUUGGAAGAGAGGAGAUUAAAAAUGGAAGAGAAAAAAAUAGCUGAGGAAUUAAAACUUAAAAAUAUCGAAAACGAAGACAAUAAAGAAUUGGAAUUAAUUAAAAUAAAACUUCAGCAUGAACUAGAGCUCAAGAAGUUAGAAUUAAGUUUAAAAUAAAACGAUAA